CUUCUCCCGUUUCAGUGUGGCAUCAUCCUGGGAGCUCUGCUGCUGGUUUUCUGUUCUUGGAUGACUCAUCAAUCCUGCAUGUUCCUGGUGAAAUCGGCCAAUCUCAGCAAGCGCAGGACCUACCCCGGCCUGGCAUUUCAUGCCUAUGGGAAAGCAGGAAAAAUGUUGGUGGAAACAAGCAUGAUUGGGCUGAUGCUGGGAACUUGCAUUGCUUUCUAUGUUGUCAUUGGUGAUUUGGGGUCCAACUUCUUUGCCCGGCUGCUUGGAUUUCAGGUGUCGGGCAGUUUCCGGAUAGUCCUGCUCUUCGCCGUCUCCCUGUGCAUCGUGCUUCCCCUGAGCCUCCAGAGGAACAUGAUGGCCUCCAUACAGUCCUUCAGUGCCAUGGCUCUGAUCUUCUACACCGUGUUCAUGUUCGUGAUCGUGCUGUCGUCCUUCAAGCACGGCCUCUUCAGCGGGCAGUGGCUGCAGCGCGUUAGUUACACCCGUUGGGAGGGUAUUUUCCGCUGCAUCCCCAUCUUCGGCAUGUCGUUCGCCUGUCAGUCUCAGGUCUUGCCUACCUAUGAUAGCUUGGAUGAGCCGUCUGUUAAAAUCAUGAGCUCCAUAUUUGCUUCUUCCCUAAACGUGGUCACCACCUUUUACAUCACGGUGGGCUUCUUUGGCUACGUGAGUUACACUGAAGCCAUUGCUGGGAACGUCCUCAUGAACUUCCCUUCCAACCUGGUGACGGAGAUGAUUCGAGUGGGAUUCAUGAUGUCGGUAGCUGUGGGGUUCCCGAUGAUGAUUCUGCCGUGCAGACAGGCGCUGAACACCCUUCUCUUUGAGCAGCAGCAAAAAGACGGCACCUUCGCUGCCGGGGGUUACAUGCCCCCGCUUCGGUUCAAGGCCCUGACGCUGGCUGUUGUGUUUGGAACCAUGGUAGGAGGCAUCAUGAUCCCGAACGUGGAAACGGUCCUGGGCCUGACAGGUGCUACCAUGGGAAGCCUCAUUUGUUUUAUCUGCCCGGCUCUUAUUUACAAGAAGAUCCACAAGAAUGCACUUUGUUCACAGAUUAUACUGUGGAUUGGCCUGGGAAUACUGGUUAUCAGCACAUACACCACCUUGUCUGCAACGGAGGACGCCCCUGCGAAGGCAGAAGUGGUGGGCUUGGAGCACCUGGACGGAGAGGAGAACAGAAUUGCCCAGGAUUCAGUCAAAAUCCCAG